UGCCCCCACCCCCACACGAAAUUUCCCAAUUCGGCGUCCCAUCUCCUGCACCUACGCCGCCAGAUCCUCCUCGAAUUCCCCGAAAUCCGAUCGCCCCUCGCCGGAAUCGCGCGCCUCCGCGACCCCGCUCUCCGCCGUCGGUCGCCCUCGCGGGCCGGCGACAUCGGAAGGAGAAGAUCCUUAUGAGCUGGUUUGCUGUGAACUCAUACCAGUGUUGGCACUGUGAGAAUGGGUCAAAAGGUGGCAGAAAGUUUGUGACGAGAUUAACUAUAGACGAUUGAGUCCUGAUCCCUGAGUGGAUUUAGAUACUCUGUCGUGACAGCUAAAGAACUCUUCAGUUUAAAGAAGUUGCAAGCUGUACAAGGCAUACACUCUUUAGGUCGUAGUUUUGAUCAAUUUGGAUCAGCGAAAAGGGAUCACAGUCGUGAUGGACAGUGCUGGAGGCAACCAAGUAGGCCAAAUGUCGAAGAAAGCAAGGAAGAAACUUGCCAAAGAGGAAUCAGCUCGGCAGAUGUUGGUUGACAAGAAGAGGCGCCGGCUAGAGAAAGCGCUUGCAAACUCGGCUGCGAUUAUCUCGGAACUGGAAAAGAAGAGGCAGCAGAAACAAGAGGAGCAGAAGCGGCUGGAUGCCGAGGGUGCCGCGAUAGCCGAGGCGGUUGCUCUUCAUGUCCUCAUGGGCGAAGACUGUGAUGAGCCCCACCAGAUGAUGUGUAACAAUCACAGAAGUAGUCGCGAGGGACAUCAAGACCAGUUUGUGGAUCUUGAACUAACUCAAGGUACACAAGGAGCAGGAAACACUUAUCCAUCUGGAAAUGGGUCACUGCUGACAAGUGCCACUCAUCCUCAUGUUCCUCAGUGGAGGUUGACUGAUUGCGGCAUGGCUGGGCCAUUCUCGUUCUCGUCUUGGGAACGGUUGGGAGAUUUUGAAGCCUUGUACUGUGAAGGGACAUCCCGUCAGAGAGAUUCGGAUACUUACCACCAUGGCCUUGUAGCAACCAGAGCUGUAUCGCCGUUCGAACAUCGUUCAUCGGAGGAUUGGUCUCCUAUCCAGGAAACAGCAGCUUCUUCCAUUAACAUAAUGCUCAGCGGUGCGGACAACAGUCUCAACAUUUACAGAAGAGAGUUCUGAAUAUACUGGUUACAUACAUGCUACCAGAGGUGCACUUUUUUUUUUUCUCUUCCUGGUACUUAGCUGCCUUUAAAACCUGAAAAUAGGUAUAGGAUACAUGAGUCGUUUUACCGUCUUGUCGGAUGUGCGCUUGGCAUCAGUUGCAGUGGUACUGUAAUGAAAUUGUUAUUCGAUUUCCUUUUUGCUAGAGGCUGGCGUGUGCCGCAUUUUGCUUUUCUCCA